AUGCAUCGUGCACGACGGGAUCAUACAGCAGCCGUAUUAAUAAAUGGAGAAGUAUUAGUUGCUGGUGGAUUUAACAAUGGUGCAAUCAACAAUGCUGAACUGUAUGAUCCAUCAACAGAAACAUGGACAACUAUUAACAGUAUGAAUGAUGCGCGAGGUGAGCAUACAAUAUCCGUACUAACGAAUGCAAAAGUGCUAGUGACCGGUGGACUUGGUUAUCGGGGUUUUCAGAAUAGUACCGAGUUAUAUGAUCAAUCAACAGGCAAUUGGACGAGGAUGGGGUGAUCUUCAUUUGGUGGUCAUUAUGGUUCGGUGUCUCCAUUUUUAAUUAAGAUCAAAAAAUACAUGAACCUUCAACCAGAUGGGUUACCUUCGAAAACCGCAGCGUUGAUACCGAUGCUUGUUGAAAAAGCAUCACAAGGUAUUAUUGAAGAAGCAAAACAUGUUAGGAAAGAGCGAGAAGCCAAAAGACUAGCAGCAAUGCUUAGACAAACAAAGCACGCAGGAAUGGAAGAAGUAUGGAAACAAUGUGCUUAUCUUUAUACACUGAAAAUUUUCCUCUACAAAGUAUUAAAUGCAACUAUGAAAUUAGUAGGAGACAAAGAACAAAAGCAAGUGUGGUGA